AUGGAUAGUACAUUUACAGUCAUAAGCGGGCGUGGGAGGGACACCUACGCCACGGCGGUGUCAGGUGGUGGUAGGGCAGGCCACCCGCCGUCGUCAACCAGCAACUGCCAGGAGCUCGGGGUAGGCAACCUGGCCCCAGCUCUGGAUACUGCAUCAGGAAGGGCACCACAGGUAGGCGACCUGGCCUGCGGUGUAUCUAAUGCGCCAGGAAGGGUAGAAAGGGAGGGAAGGGUUGUAAGGGAAGAAAGUCACUCGGAGGAGUGGGAAAGGGCUACUAGGGCCGUUGAGCGCAUGCAGCGCUCCGGUUCGACGUCACCUAUCCCGGUGAGAACGUACAAAUAUGCGAGGUCCCCGACCUACUCCUCAGAGGAACAGGAGUUAAGGGUAGACUUGGCCGGGUCGAAUAAGCAAGGACCGGCAAAAACCCCGGAAUCUGUUUUGGAUACUGGCAGGCUGCUGGAACACAUCAGGAACAUUAUCCAAGGAGCCGAAAACGCCAGGAGAAGAUUCAUCAAAACUGAGGACGAUGCUUCAAGAAGGAUGAAACAUUGCAAUAAUGUGAUACUGGAAAUGAUUGAAGUCCUAAGGGAGAGGCUUCAAAUUAAAGCAGAUGAUCCUCCUUCAAUCAAGGAAACAAUUGCGCAGCUAAAGACAGAAAUUAAGGCCAAGGAUCUGCGCAUGAGGGAGUUGACGGAAGAAGUUGCCCGUUUCAAGAAAGAAAAUAGUAAAAUACCAUUAAACCCCUUGGCUGCGAGGAGCCAAACAACGACACGGGGUACUGUAGCUCCUGAUCCCUGCAGAGGACCCUCUGCACUGGUCUCAACAUCGGAUCGUCACACAAGGGAUAGUAAUCUAAUGAGUAUACAGGAGUUAGUCGAGUCGGUAGGGAUACUGAAAAAGACUAUCUGCGCUAUGCAGCAGCAGCAGGAAACGACUGGAGCUGAUGGGCCAUACGAAGACCCCAUCCUCCGUGCUGAGUCCUCCACUCGAUCCCUUGCGGAACAGGAAGGAGUCAACGACUCUCAACCCUUGCAGGAGCAAGCGGCCCCCAGGAAAAGAGGGAAGAGGAGGAAAAGGGAAAGAGAAGUCGCUGAAAUUUCCGUAUUCUGUACCGAGCAGACGAUGUAUAGAGAAACGCUCUACCGGGCCAGUACGAAAAUUAAUAUAAAGGACAUGGGAAUCAAUGGCAUGAAGUGCAGAAGAGGCCUCACGGGCGCCUUUAUAUGGCAGGUACGAGGUAAAGGGGCAAAUGAGAAGGCCGACUGGUUGGCGGAGGCCUUCAGGAAUGUCAUCCCAGAAGCAAGAAUUACACGCCCUAUGCGCACGAGAGCCAUAAGGCUGGUGGGACUGGAUCCGGCCGCUGACGAGACUUCCAUCAGGAACGCGCUGCUGAAGCUGCGAUCCGGAACGGACCCCAACCUCAUUAAGGUAGGAGAAAUAAGGAUUGGCAGGAGUAGAGCAGCCGAGGUCACUGUCUCGGCUCCGGUGUCCGUCAUCCGGGCGGCCCUAGAGAAGGGCAGGAUAAAAAUGGGUUUGACAUUAGUGAGAGUGCAUGAACUCAGGCAGCCGCCCCUCAGAUGCCACCGGUGCCUGGCGCAAGGACAUGUUGCUGUAAUGUGCCCUGAUACAAAGUCUAGGACUGACCUAUGCUACGUAUGUGGGAAACCGGGCCACCUAGGCAAGACAUGCACAGAUAAACCAGCGUGUCCGGUUUGUAUAGACGCGGGCCGGAAGCCGACCAACCACCGUGCCGGUUCUUGGGAGUGCCCGGUAGUGCCUCCCAAAAAAUGGGACCGGGGAAGAAGAAGCGACGCCUCUACGGCGGGCGUGAUCCACUCGGUGCUCCUUUAUGGGACGCCGGUGUGCUGGCGCGCCGUCAUGGAGGACAUGAGGAUCGGGCGGGCUGUUCGGAGCUCACCAGAGGAAGGUGGCGAUCCGGGUGUGUUGUGCCUAUGGAACGGUCUCCUUCCACGCGGCUAUGAUGAUUGCGGGGAUUAUUCCUCUCGUUCAUCUGGCACCCCGGCUGGCGGAGGUGUAUGCGGCUGUUAG